AUGUCGAUAUUCUUGAGUUUAGCGCGACUCACCAUUGAUGGUUUACAGUUCGAUCAAACUCUUCUCGGACUGGAUCGUGAUUACUACUGGAACCGAACAAAGUACGGCACAAAGAUUGAAGCUUACAAACAGUUCCUCAUAAACCAGGUGAGACUCAUCAGGGAGUAUGCCAACCGUCCAAAUAAGGAUGGAAAGAUUGAGCGAGAUGUUGACGAGGUCGUCGAAUUCGAAGCGAAGAUUGCGAAGAUCAUGGUAGCUGAAGAAGAUAGGUUUAACCGCACUAGAAUGUACAAUCUUCGUCGUCUUAACGAUAUGGAGAAACUGACGCCCAUGGUGGGUAGAAGUUUCCAAGUGUCGCGCUGCUAA